GAGAGCCGUGCACACUCACUUCCAGGCCCCGAAUAUCUACAUUAUUGGGAGGGGGAAAUCCUAUCAAACCAUUUUGACAAAGCAAGCAAAGAAGACUUCGAAGGGAGGUGCGUGUUGUUGGUGGCGUGGGUUUCCCCCACGGUGGGCGAUCUGCUCGGGAUGGACGCUUACCGGGGCUCCAAGUGAAAGUUGACAAAUGCGGCGCUGGAAACUUUUUGAAGAGUCAAGAUGCAGAAGAGUAUUUGGCACUCGCUGCCAAGCUUGGCUGUUGGAACUGGGUGAGGAGGAGAUGUAAAAGGAGGAAAAGCGUUACACAUCAAUGGAAUAAAAACGGACACCAGGAAUAAUUGUUGUUUCACCGACAUCGCUCAAGCUUCUACUGAGCCACCACUCUGCCAUCAGCCCGCCUGCCGGCCCUCCAACUUCUGACAUUGAGCUUGCAAGGCACGGCAGCCCCAAGUAGAUUUUCAUGGCAGCGGCACUCUAGUGCUGCCAUGGCAGCUGCUGCCGCCGAUGCCUCACACCGUAUUACCGCACUGACGCCGGAGGAAGAGGGACGACGGACCGCCGUCAAGUUGUUUGGGAGCGCCGGCCCGCUGCCACGCGCAGAGCCAGAGAGGGGGAAAGAGAGGGAAGAAGAGGAAGAAGAGGUGGGAAGAGGGAACGAGUGUUUAGUGUGCGGGGCUCUCUUCGCCUCUCAGGAGAAGCUCCGGCUCCACGCCUUGAGUCACACGGGAGAGAAACCCUUCCACUGCUCACAGCCACACUGCCCCAAGGCCUUCAGCUCCAAAUACAAACUCUUCAGGCAUAUGGCCACACACUCUCCACAGAAGACCCACCAGUGCUCGUUCUGUGAGAAAAUGUUCCACCGUAAGGACCACCUGAAGAACCACCUGCAGACCCAUGACCCCAACAAGGAGGCUUUCAAGUGCGAGGAGUGCGGCAAGCACUACAACACCAAGCUGGGGUACAAGCGACACGUGGCCAUGCACUCAGCCACAGCGGGGGACCUCACCUGUAAAGUCUGCAUGCAGAGGUACGAAAGCACGCCCGUCCUCCUGGAGCACCUCAAGAGCCACUCUGGGAAAUCUUCAGGCGGGGCCAAGGAGAAGAAACACCCGUGCGACCACUGCGAUCGCCGUUUCUACACGCGGAAGGACGUGCGGCGACACAUGGUGGUCCACACCGGCCGAAAGGACUUCCUGUGCCAGUACUGUGCCCAGCGCUUCGGCAGGAAGGACCACCUGACGCGUCACGUGAAGAAGAGCCACUCGCAGGAGCUGUUGAAGAUCAAGACCGAGCCGCCGGAUAUGCUGGGCCUCCUCACCUCAGGGUCGCCUCCUUGCUCUGUGAAGGAGGAGCUCAGCCCCAUGAUGUGCAGCGUGGCUCCUAAUAAGGACUCCAUGAUGGGCAAGCCCUUCCCAAGCGUGCCCCCAUUUCCCAUGGGCGUGUACGACCCGCACCACCUGCAGGUCAUGUCAAACUCAGGGGUGACCCACCCUCACCCGCCCCUGAUGUCCACGCCUCUAUCUGUGGGCAUGGGUUGCCACAUGGAGUCCACUGGAUCCCUGCACCCACACUCCCAUCACCACCACCACCAUCACCACCACCACCAUCACCACCAUUCCCCGCCGGUGCCCCCGCCCCACCACCAGCCCUUGGUCCCCCAGCAGCAGCACCAUUCCCAGCAAGCCCCCAAGUACCAGCUGGGAUCUACCUCAUACCUGCUGGACAAACCCUUGAAAGUGGAGAUGGAGAGCUUCCUCAUGGAUCUGCAGAGUGGCUUGCCAGGCCCACUCCCCUCCGGGGAGCCUCACGCUGCUGUUUCACCCCCCAAGGAUGGACUGGAGCCUCCUGCUGGCCUGGCAGAAGAACUUUGCGGUCAUCCUCUGCUGUCCAAGAGCCCCGCGGUGAUCACCGAGUCUCUGUCUGCUGCUAACAUGGACUUCUCCCACUUGCUGGGUUUCCUCCCGCUCAACCUGCCUCCCUACAGCGCCCCCAUGAGCACAGGAGGACUGGUGAUGGGCUACACCUCGUCUGCGACCUCCUCGUCUUCCUCCUCUUCCUUAUCUCUGCACGCUGCAGAGCCUCACGCCGCAACAGCCACCAUGGCACCUCUUACCUCUUUGCAACCACAACCUCAGGAGCAUCAGAGCUCCAGCGGGGGUCUUGGACUUGGGCCCCUGCACCCUCUUCCACCAGUAUUCAGCUCCAGCCUUAGUACCACCACACUGCCUCGCUUCCACCAGGCCUUUCAAUGAGAGUUUUGGGCUAGAUUAAAACAUAAAUAGAUUUUGAAUUUAAACAAAAAGAAAGAAAGAACACUUAGAUGCCUUAAAUGAAAGCACACAAAAGUUUUUAUUAAUCCUCAAAAGGAAAUUAAACAUCACUUUGUGGAAAAAAGGGGUGAAAAAGAAAAGGAAGCAGCUUUUAUUUUAAUUUUUUUCCCUUUUUCCUAUCGUUUUAAUUAUGUAUUAACCCUUAUUUUUUUCUUCCAUUGCCAUUUAUGUCCCCUUAUAUUUGCAUCCCCCUAUUUAGUAGUGUAGCAGGCAGAAUCAGUAGGCCAAAAGGCAUGGUACUGCUUACUUCCUAAAGCAAUAAUAGAACAAAUAUAUCAAAGUUUAGUGACCAUCUUUAUUGUUGUGACCCAGAAAAAACUAUAGUUUGAAGUGGAUAUUUUUGUUUUACUUAAUUUUCCUUUUCCCCAAACCAUGGUAGAACUUCUCAUCUUGAGAAAAAAAAAUAGCUCUAGAGUCCACAAUUUACCUCAAAUGUCAUGAAUGUGACCCUUCUUGGGGGGGGAUGCUGUUUUCCCAUAUAAGAAAUUUGACGGAUGGCCUUUUUGUUGCUUGGCGGCUGUUGAAGUCAAGUUUGAAUGGAAAUCAGAAAAAAAAAGCAUGUGGCGUUUUAAUGGGGAAAAAGGAGGAAAUAAAUGUGAAAAGUGUUGGUUUAAAAAUGAUGCUGUUUUUUGAAAACUUUUCCUCAAGAGAAGCACUUUUUUUAUUUUUUUAUUUUAGCAGAAGGCACUUCAUGUUUCGGAAUCCGCUUUGUUUCCUCCCUCAUGAUUAUACUAUUGAGGUUGCAACACCCAGAAUCCACUCGGGCUACUUUACACAGGCUAUCCUUCCUCCCUGCAGUCAUCCUAAAGGGAUUCUUGUGGAGAAUUCUUAACUUAACCAAUAAAAAGAGCCUGUUCUUGCCAGAAUUUCUUAGGAUUUUGUAUGGAAAGUCAAAAACAUUUUUUUCUUGUAAAAUCUUUGGGGGUUUUUUGUUCAACAUUGAAUGUUAUCAAAAAGAUAUGCCACAACCUCCUCACUGAAAUGGCAAAAUAUAACACUGGUCAACAACCAAUUUGUUGUCUAAGAUUUUCUAGCUGAUUUAGGACAAAUUUGAUGGACUGAAUCCAAAUAUCACAUUGGUUUUGGUCAAUCAGGUCAACUUUUGGAACUAUUGCCAUAGCUUUUUGUUUACAUGCACAGGUAUUUUCGCAUUAGAGAUUCGAAUA